CCUUGGUGUGCUCCGAGAUCGAUUUCGGAUCAUCUGCUAGUGGUGUUCCUCUGGAAGGUAUCCUUAUACCGGAAGAUGCAACACGAUCUUGACAGAUUCUCCUGUCCAGACAAGUCACGGCCAAGAGGAGUACUCAGUUGCCAAUGAUUAUUUAUCUGGUCUGACCUUCACUCUUUGUCUUUCUUAAGUUAAUUAUUUACUUGUCUUCAAAGAGUUAGUACCGGCGUCACUCUUUCUUAUAAUCUUUUUAUACAGGUGCGAUGCUGGUUUGUCUUUGUGUAAUGCAGCCAAGAAUUUGACAAUCGUUUUUUGGAAGCGCCAUCAAGGAAGUCUUGGAUUCUUGGUUUCCUAGACGUAGUUGUAGUCCCUCUAGGCUUCUAUUAUUUAGCUAGUACAAAGAGGAAGCAAACCAUGUCAUCGUCCUCCGAGGCUGAGCCAGUCGCAAGGACUGAUGAAGAAACCACCGGUGAGGAGGGAAAAGAAGGCGAGGAGACGAAGAUUGGCAUCGGAGGUCAAGAAAUACCACUCCAGAGCCUAAAUCCGCAACAAUUGCAGCAAUUGGCGCAACAGCUGAAGGUAGAAUUAUCGCAGAUGGGGAACAACAUGAAGCAGUUUCAGAUAGCUGGUGAUCGGUUUCGCGGUAGCGCAGAAUGCCUAGGCAUGUUGCAGAAACAAGCCGGGGGACAGCCAGCCAACACGAAAAAACUCUUAGUUCCGCUUAAUAACGCAGUUUACAUGGAUGGGUUUGUGUCGAAGCCGGAUCAGGUACAUCAAUGAUGUGAGUGAUUGUUUGUUGUUGUAGUUGGUGAUAUUCGUUAUAGUCGGCGAGAAGUGGAACUACUACAUCAUAGUGGUUUUUGUCAAAUCUAUCUUCAUCGCCUCAAAGUCUACGUCUUCCAAAACUCCAAGAGAACAACACUCUCGCUCUCAUUAUAACGGUACUUUAUUUCCUACACCUUGAUUAAGGUCCUCGUCGACGUCGGCACUGGCUAUUACUGCGAGAAGAGUAUCCAAGGUGCGACGGAUUUCUUGAAUAAGAAGGUAGACUUGGUCCAAGAACAAAUGGCUAAUAUCAAUCAAGUGGUGAAGAAGAAGCAAGCAGUCUAUGAAGAAGCAGUUACGAUGCUCAUGAAAAUGCAGAAGGAAAUGGGUGGCGGGGAAUGACCAAGUUUAGCAUCAGCGUUACAUGCUUCUUCCCGAGUUGAGGGUAGGAUUACAUUUUUAGAUGAGUUCUUCUUGAAGAUGUUGAUGAACAUAGAACAUCUUCAACUAGUUAGUACCAGCACUUUCUCAGAAUCAAGAUCAUCUGUAAAUGGUGGUGAUGACAAUGUCGAUGUUGCUACGUCGAGGUGGUCAUGAUGGUAUUAAAUUAAACUGAUUUCUUCUUGUUUUCACAAUCACGACUGCUCUACUACCUCAUCCUCAUUUUAAGCGAACCCUCCCAGGACGACAUACCCUGUCCCCAGUGAGUUGUAUUUGCAUGAGAUACCCACCUGUCUCGUCAAAACUAUCAUGACUGAAAAUGUGAAGACUAUUACCACCGCUACCCGCGGCCUCCCCUCGUGCGUCGGCGGGGGUGGAAAGAAAU